AAACUGCGGGAAUCUCUUUUCCCUGUUUUUUCUUAAAACGUAUAGAAACAGCAUUAAAAAAUAACUUGCAUUAGGCCUUCGGACUCCAUACGGUCAAUGUCGAGCAGAAUCCUCGGUUCUGUUGGUCAGUCCUCACAUGGGUCUCUGUUUGUUCUAGAAAUCGGCCAAUCUAAAAUGUCGAAAAUGGUGGACACAUUUUAAACAAGGAGUUGAGAAUCCCUCAACAGAUGUUUCUUUUUAUGUGCAAGUUCUUAAAGAGUGAUGGCGAUGUAUCCAAUGUAAGAUAUUUAAUGACUGGAAAUCGGUUAGUUCUCACGUCAACCGGGCGCUCUUCUUUCUAACAUGUCCUCUCUCCCCUUGAAAUGGAGCCAGUCACCAUGGAGCGCUCCUCCUCCACCUCCACGGUCAACAUUUCCCCGCUGGACGAGAGCGAGGUGGAGGAGCAGCGUUCCCUGCUGCCCCCCGCCAGGACGCUCUCGCCCCGCCGGGCCUGCCCCCCUCAGUGCGGGCUGCACCCGGCCGUCCAGAGGUGCGCGGGUCACGCGGUGUGGCUGGACCGCACCCAGGCCAUGGCCACCAUGCCUUUGUACAACGGCUACCUGUGCGCCCGAGCCUCGCCGUGCUCCCCCAAGAGGGCCGCCGACCAUGUCAAAUGCAAGGAGAAGAAACGUCAGAGUUGUUCCAGGAAGGAGCGGAGACAAAAGAGCGCAGGAGCUUCCAGACUCCAGGAGAAGAGCUGCACUUUUCAUGACGGCGCCCCCGCCAAAAGCUCCAGGAGGGCCCCGGUCCCGAGCCUGGAGAGGCGGGCUCCUCCCUCCUUGGAGAUGAGGCAGAGCCUCCCGGAGAUUCGGAUCACCGGCAGGGACGACGAGGCGCCCCGACCCGGCAAAGAGUCGCCGCCGCAGCUGCUGGAUCGGGAUCGGGGUCUCCUGCCGGGGGCCCCCUGCAACUCCAGCCCCAAGCGCAAAGCCGAGGCCAAGGACGACCACUACUGGAAGACGCACAGCAUCGGGUGGCGGCUGGUGCGCAGGAGGGCGCUCUUCCUGCGCAGGCGGCGGCUCAACGACUGCGCUCUCGCCGUGGGGAUUUUCGGCGUGGUCAUGAUGGUCAUGGAAACGGAACUCUCGUGGAGCGUCUACAGCAAGAGUUCCGUCUACUCACUCUCGCUCAAAUCCGUCAUCAGCCUGUCCACCGUCGUCCUGCUCGGCCUCAUCGUAGCGUAUCACUGCUGCGAGGUGCAGUUGUACGUCCACGACAGCAGCGCCGAGGACUGGCGCAUCGCCAUGACAACGGAGCGCCUGGCCCUCAUCGCGCUGGAGCUGGCGGCGGCGGCCAUCCAUCCGUAUCCGGUGGGCCUGCUGGCCUACUUCCAGCGGCGGACGGCGCCGUCGGCCGCGGCGCUGUCCGAGACGGAGCUGGAGAUCGUGCUCGCGCUGCCCAUGUUUCUCCGGCUCUACCUGCUGGGCCGCGCCAUGAUGCUGCACAGCAGACUCUUCACCGAUACGGCGUCGCGGAGCAUCGGGGCGCUCAACAAGAUCCACUUCAACGCGCGCUUCGUGGGCAAGACCCUGAUGACCACCUACCCUGGCACCGUGCUGAUGAUCUUCAGCGUCUCCCUGUGGAUCCUGGCGGCCUGGGGGCUGCACGUAUGCGAGAGACACCACAACUACAGGGACUUAAGCAGUAACUACAUGGAGGCCCUGUGGAUGGUGUCGGUCACCUUCCUGUCCAUCGGCUACGGGGACGUGGUGCCUCACACCUACUGUGGACGCAGCAUCUGCCUCCUUACCGGAAUCAUGGGGGCCGGCUGCACCGUCCUGGUGGUCGCAGUGGUGGCCAGGAAGCUGGAGCUGACGCGGGCUGAGAAGCACGUUCACAACUUCAUGAUUGACUCGCACAUAUCCAAAAGGAUGAAGAUCGCGGCCGCAAACGUGCUGAGGGAGACUUGGUUCAUCUACAAGCACACCAAACUCUCAAGGGAGAAAGACCACACCAUGGUCCGCAUGCACCAACGCAAACUGAUGCUCGCCAUCCACCAGCUCCGGCGCGUCAAGAUGGACAAGCGGAUCCUGGCGGACCAAGGCAGCACGCUGGUGGACCUCUGCAAGGUGAGAGAGUUGCAAACCACGCUGUCCGACGUGCUGGUGGAGGUGCAGGGCUGCCGGGCCGAGUUGGACGCUCACGUCCACGGCUUGGAGAAGCACGUGGAGGAGCUGCACGAGGGCUUCCGAGGCCUCAUGCCGCUGCUGACCAGCACCUUGUCCAUGCAGAACUCCUCCAUACGCCACCUGCUACGCGAGAGGGAGAAGGUCGACGCUGCCGGAAGGCAUGAGGACAGGUAGAACGAAAACUGGUUGUCUGACACCCCCUAGAUGGAGGAGCCGAGUAUUGCGGAAUAGGAAAAUGCUGCUCGAGCAGCGGAACGCCGGUCGUAAAAGUGGACUUGAACCGAAACUCUUCCGAAAAAGUUCAUGUUCCAAACAUGUUCUUUUGUAGGUCACAUCGUUGGUGGAGGGAGUUCGCAAAUGUACAUUCAAAAAAUUGAAAUUCAUGUACGUUUUUUUUUUUUUUUGCUACUUUGUGUGAUGCCACUUAUGAGUCCCCCCAGGAAUCUGCAGGGCAAAAGUGAGCCGAAGGAGGACGUGAGCCAUUGCCUCAGGACUCGGGAACUCCGGUUCCUCGAGAGCCACAUCCUGUCUGUUUUCGAGCUCUCCCGAAUCCAACACACCCGAUUCAAUUGAUCAUGAUCGUUUCAGGCUUCUUCAGCGCUUGCUGAUGAACUGAUCCUUUGAAUCAGGUGCGUUGUUGUAGGGGAGGGAUGGAAAACAGGCAAGAUACGGCUACUGAGGAGAAGCUUAGUAACGCACAGCAUAUUUAUGAUUCCCAAGCCAAGUACUUUUUACUUUGUUGUAGUUUUAGUUUUAUGUGGUGGCUUACUCAAGAGCAGGUGUUAUGAAUUGAGUGCGAUGUGUUCAUUUCUGGUUCCGGGUUAAAGCCGAUGAUUUUUAUUGAGGGUAUUCCAAGUUGGUAUACAUCAAGCAAUUGAGG